AUGGCAGAGCUCGCUAAUUUCUCUUCAAAACUAACAUUUUAUCUUAACGGUACAAGUGUUGAAUUGGUUAACCCUGAUCCCGAUUUAACCUUAUUACAAUAUGUUCGUUCUGUUGGUUUAACUGGGACCAAGUUAGGAUGUGCUGAGGGAGGCUGUGGUGCUUGUACAGUCAUGGUAUCAUCUUAUGAUCCAAUUACUCGAGAAAUAAUUCAUAAUUCAGUUAAUGCAUGCCUUGCACCAUUAUGUUCUAUGGAUGGAAAACAUGUGGUUACAAUUGAAGGCAUUGGAAAUAUUCAAAAACCGCAUCCUGUUCAGGAAAGAAUAGCUUUAAUGCAUGGGUCACAAUGUGGAUUUUGUACCCCGGGUAUUGCUAUGUCUCUUUAUGUAUUAUUACGUAAUAACCCAAAUCCAACAGAAAAGGAAAUUGAAGAAUGCUUCGAUGGAAAUUUAUGUAGAUGUACAGGUUAUCGUCCUAUACUAGAUGCUGCUAAAACUGAAAGUGUAAAGAUUAAAGGCUGUGGUCUUAAUAAAUGUUGUAAAUUGAAUGAUGAUAUUAAUAAUGGGGAUGAAUUUAAUUUCAAUUUUCCAAAAGUUGAUUUUAUUAAAUAUGAUCCUUCACAAGAAUUAAUCUUUCCGCCACCUCUUAUGAAAUAUUCAUUACAACCACUUUAUUUUAUUGGAAGGAAAACAACAUGGUUUAGACCUGUUAAUCUAGAACAAUUAUUGAAAUUGAAAUCCAAAUAUCCAGCUUCUAAAAUAGUAUCUGGUAACACUGAAGUUGGUAUAGAGACAAAAUUCAAAAAAAUGAAAUAUAAUGUACAAAUAUAUGUCAGUGAUAUUUCAGAAUUGAAAACUUGUAAUUUUCAAGAUGAUGGUAUUUUGAUUGGUGGAAAUAUAAGUCUUUCAAAAUUUCAAAAGAUUUUACAAGAUGCUUUAUUCAAAUCACUAAUGGCAAAUUUACGUUGGUUUUCUGGGAACCAAAUUCGUAAUGUUGCUACUCCAGCUGGAAAUAUUGUCACUGGCUCUCCAAUUUCUGACUUGAAUCCAAUAUUUUUAUCAACUCAAACAAAAUUUAUCUUAAAAUCUGAAAAUUCAACACGUACAAUACCAUCUUCAUCCUUUUGGACCAGUUAUAGACAAAAUAUAUUGUCUAAUAUUGAGAUUUUGCAUAAGAUAUUUAUUCCCUGUUCCAAGUUAGGCCAAUAUGUAAGAGCUUAUAAGCAGGCAAAGAGACGUGAUGAUGACAUUUCCAUAGUUAACGCAGGAUUUUCGGUAUUGUUAGAUAAUAAUAAUACAGUUCGUGAAGCUUUGUUUGCAUUUGGAGGAAUGAGCGGAGUAACUAUGCGUGCAUAUAAUUCUGAAAAAUUUGUUUUAAAUAAAAAAUGGGGUGAUGAGGUUAUUUUAAAUGCUUUGAUUUCAAAUUUAUACGAGGAGUUACAACUAAGCUUUUCUACUCCUGGAGGGAUGCCAUCAUAUCGUAGAUCCCUUGUUGCAGGAUUCAUAUAUAAGUUUUGGUAUGAUGUUGCUAAUUCUGUUGGUAUUAAAGCAAUUUCCGAUGAAAAUUUUUUUGGAAUUAUUGAACGUGAGAUUUCUAAAGGCAUUCAACUCAUUGGAAAAUCAAAUGAUGAUAAAAAACCAAUCGGAAAAACAAUUCCUCAUAUAUCUGCUAUGAAACAAGUAACUGGCACAGCAAUAUAUACUGAUGAUAUUCCUAAAGUACAUGGUGAAUUAUAUGGUGCCUUAUUGCUUUCACAAAAACCUCAUGCUAAAAUUUUAAAUAUUGAUGCAAUUAUAGCAUUAUCACAACCUGGUGUAAAGGGAUUUUUUACAGCAAAAGAUGUUCCAGGUCAAAAUAUUUGGGGACCAGUGUCUCAUGAUGAGGAAGUGUUUGCAAGACAAAUUAUUGGAUUGAUUGUUGCUGAAAAUCAAUCAAUUGCCCAAGAAGCUGUUAACUUGGUCAAAGUGGAAUACGAGGAAUUACCAUAUAUACUAUCAAUUGAGGAAGCUAUUGAGAAUAAUAGCUUUUUUCCCGUACAUAGAACCAUUAAUAAAGGAGAUGUAGAUAAAGCAUUGAAGGAAGCUGACUUUGUUUUCGAGGGAGAAACAAGAAUUGGUGGACAAGAACAUUUUUAUUUAGAAACCAAUUCCAGUUUGGUAAUUCCCAAAUCUGAGGAUAAUGAGUUCGAAAUCCAUGUUUCUACUCAAAAUCCAACAGAGACGCAAUUAAUAUGUGCGUCUGUUUUAGGUAUUCCUGCCAACAAAAUUGUUUGUCGGGUAAAACGACUUGGUGGUGGGUUUGGUGGUAAGGAAACAAGAAGCAUCCCUUUGACAUUAGCAUUGACAGUUGGAGCAUGGCACUUAAAAAGACCAAUUAGAUGUAUGUUAGAUAGAGAUGAAGAUAUAAUCAUUUCAGGGCAAAGGCAUCCAUUCCUUGCAUAUUGGAGGGUUGGUGUCAAUAAAGAUGGAAAAUUUGUUGCUUUUGAUUUACAGAUUUAUAAUAAUGCAGGAUGGUCUAGAGAUUUGUCAUCAGCUGUUGUUGAACGUGCUAUUACACAUUCAGAUAAUUGUUAUUAUAUACCAAAUUUUAGAGUUGUUGGUAGAGUAUGUAGGACAAAUAUUCAUUCGAACACUGCAUUUAGAGGAUUCGGUGGACCACAAGGGAUGAUGAUUACAGAGAACAUAAUAAACGAAGUUGCAGAUCAACUUGGAAUGGAUGCUAUUGAAUUGCGACAAAAGAAUUUUUACAAAGAAGAACAAAAAACUCAUUACAAUCAAAUCCUCAAGGAUUGGCAUAUUCCUGCAAUUUAUCAACAAGUAAUAGAAACUGGUGAUUAUUAUAAUCGAAGAAAAGAAAUAGAUGUUUUUAAUUCUAGAAAUAGGUGGCGUAAAAAAGGUUUAGCUUUAAUUCCAACUAAAUUCGGCAUUUCUUAUACUACUUUGCAUUUGAAUCAGGCUGGUGCAUUAGUACAUAUUUAUAAUGAUGGAAGUGUUCUUAUUAGUCAUGGUGGUGUUGAAAUGGGACAGGGUUUACACACUAAAAUGAUACAAAUUGCUUCUGAAGCUUUGGAUAUACCAAUAGAGAAUGUACAUAUUAUGGAAACAUCUACAAACUUAGUUGCCAAUACAUCUGCUACAGCAGCAAGUGUUAGUAGUGAUAUUAAUGGAUAUGCAUUGGCAAAUGCUUGCAAAAUAUUAGCAGAGAGGUUGAAGCCAUAUCAUCGUGUUAAUUUAUCAGCCAAUGGGUUUUAUAAAACACCUGAUAUUGGAUAUGAUUGGGAUAAAAAUGAAGGAAACCUGUUUUUUUAUUUUACAACAGGUGUUGCAUUAACAGAAGUUGAAAUAGAUGUCCUAACAGGUGAUCAUCAAAUAUUAAGAACAGAUCUUUGUAUGGAUAUUGGGCGUAGUUUAAAUUAUGCAAUUGAUAUUGGACAAAUUGAAGGUGCAUUUAUUCAAGGAGUUGGGUGGUGUACAAUUGAAGAGACUUUAUUUUUUCCAAAUGGCCACAUUUUUACUAAAGGGCCUGGGAAUUAUAAAAUCCCUGGUUUUAGAGAUAUUCCACAAGAUUUUAGGAUAAGUACCUUUAAUAAAGCACAAUAUUCAAGUUUAAAAACCAUUCAUAGUAGUAAAGGUGUUGGUGAGCCUCCAUUGUUUUUAGGGAGUUCUGUAUAUUAUGCAAUAAGAGACGCUAUUAAAUAUGCAAGGAAAGCUAAUGAUAAUCAUAAAGUGGUAGUUCUUCAAUCACCUGCCACACCUGAAAAAAUUCGUUUAGCUUGUAUGGAUAAACUUACAAAGGCAGCAACAGUUGAACCAAAAGAUGGAGAAAAAGAAUGGAUUAUCACUUCAGGGCUAUUACCAAUUUGUGAAUUACCAUAUUUGUAA